AUGAAAAACUUGGUUCUUAAUCAUCCGGAAAGAAUAAUUCGUUACAAAUGGAUUGUCGUGGUCAUUGUGUACCUCGCCUUCUGGAAUAUGGUCGACUAUAAUAUCAAUGCAUUUGAAGUGCCGACAGUCAAUGAGGAAGAGUAG